AGGCAAGCACACUGUGUGUGGACGCUGGGCUCAUGCACGAUUUGUAUUUCUGUUGUUUGAAUUUUCUACUGUCGUCGAAUAUAUAUUCCAAAUAUCGUUCAGCGUAACGUGUGUUCUGUUUUGAUUUUUUUAUUUUUCUUGCCAUUGAACAUCAAUUUCCGUUUGGUGACAGAACGGUUGCCAUUUAAUUGUUUUUUUUUUCUAUUACAUUUCAAACAAGUGAAAUACUCCAAUUGGCCGAAAAAAGUCGUUUACUAUGUCCCCUUAAACGACAAAGAAACGAAAAUAAAAAAAAAAUGGAGAAAAAAUAAUGAUUUCAUUCGGUGCAUCAAAUAGAACUGAUUCAUUUAACUUUUCACAAUCGGAAAUCGAAAUGCCGGAACUGCAGUUAAUUGUAGCAUUCAAAAGUGUUGAAGUGUGAAUUCAAACUGUAAAGUGUUAAAGCUGAACUCGUGCCGCACCUGAAAAAUUAACGUGCAUUUGUGGUGAAAAGAAAAUAAAUACAGUUAAACAAUUACGAAUAUUGAAAACAUGAUUUUCUGUGCAGACUUAAUUAAAUGGAAUGUGAGAUCAAAAAUAUGUAGACAUUUGAUAAAACAAAUGUUUUGCAACAUGAAUACGAUGCAAAUAUUAUAAAUACACAUCGAAAUUCGAGAGAAAGAGUGAGAGAGAAAAACACACAUAUAUAUAUAUAUAUAUAUUUAACUAUGACAAAGCAAGAGAAUAACAAAAUAUAAGAACGACAAAACGAACGAAGAAGAAGAAAAAAUAAACUUGUUUUUAAAUUGGACAAGUGCGGAAAGUGUUGUACCUUGCGAUCAAUGUGUUGCAAUCAAAUAAACAUCAAGAUUAAUCGAAAAAUGAUCCACCAGAGUCAUAUCAAGUAAAAGAAAUAUAAAAAAAAGAAUUUAUUAUUGUUCGUAAUAUUUAAACUUAAUUAAUACUCUGAAUACGAUGCAUUGGCUAUUUUCUGUAAAAUGACAACCACACGACACGGCAAACAAACAACAACCACAUAUCCCCGUUUCAUCACAAUAAAAACACGGAUUAUUAAUGCGAUCACAAGCAACGGCGACGGCCAAAAUCAUCACCAUCACCACCACCACCACCACCACGAACAUAAUGUUGUUGGAGGUGGCUUAACAAAAUCCAAAUGUAAAACAUUUUUUAGUAGACAUAUUUCGCGCAUCCUCAUUGUAAUUCUCGUUUCGUUAACAUUCGCUGAUAUGGUUCAUGCUGGUACUUGCUGGGCAAAAAGAACACAAAGUGGAAAAUGCAAGCAUCCAAUGGAACGGAAUGUGUCUAGAGAGAAAUGUUGUGGAGGCGACGACGAUGUCGGCUUCACGGAAAAGGAAAUGACCGAAUUUGAAUAUUUCUUUGCAACCGCAUUAGGCGAUGGUACUGCAUGUAGUUCAUGCAUAGAUUCAUGCAAAACGGCCAAAUGUGGUACACAUAAGAAAUGCGUAAUGCGUUCCGGUCAACCGAAAUGUGUAUGUGCUCCAAAAUGUAAAACCAAAAAUCAACGACCAAAGCGUGGCAAUCCGUACACACAUUCAUUACAAAUCAAACAUAAUCAUCAACAUCAUCAUGGACUGAAUCUACCACGACGUUCAAACGAUCACAACAGUGGCAACAAUGGUAAUCAUCAUCAACACCAACAUCAUCACCUGCACCAUCACCAAAGUAUUCAAAAUGAUGACGAUCCCACAUCACACGAUGCUGUUCAAAUAAUUGACGAUGAAUUGAACAAUCGUUCGUACACGAAAAGUGAUAAAAUUAUAUCGAUCAUUGCACCAAUUCCACAUCCUUCCAAUUUAAGUAUUAGUAGUCAUAGAUCUAAGAAAAUUCAUUUACACAAUAAUGGCCAACAAAGUAUGGUAAAGUCAAUGAAGCAUUUAAUGGAUGCCACGACAACGAUGACCUCUUUGACGACCACCGGGCAAUCAAUGAAUAAUUCACAUACAAUACAACAACAACAACAACAACAACAACAAAACAGACACCAAAUCGACAUAAAUCAUCAUCGUUCGAACAAAUUAUUGCAGAAAAAUGUCUACAGCAACAGCAGUCUCAUCGAUAACAACAUUGUGAAUGUGAAUCAUCGACGUCAAACUUCCGUAGAGCAACAAUUUAAAUCGAAAUUUUACGGACAUGACAUACCUUAUCCGCCAAUUGAUCUACACCUGUACGAUAACAAUCAAUUUCAUCGAGCGGUUUGCGGCACCGAUGGAAAGACAUACAAAACAGAAUGUCAAUUGAGAAAAAUCGCUUGUCGACAAGAGUCAACAUCUCUAUUGGUUGCUUAUAAAGGACAGUGUCAAACUUCCUGUAAGCAUGUACAGUGUCCAAUUGGACAACACUGUUUAGAGGAUCAAAACUUGAUGCCACAUUGUGUGACAUGCUCAAUAACUUGUCCACCAUAUGAUCCUGCUGUGAAGUCGGUUAUUUCAAAUCCAGCCCGUUUAGUUUGCGGAGUUGAUGGCCAAACAUACCGUAAUCUUUGCGAAAUUAAACGUAGCGCAUGCAUGUUGGGACGUUCUAUACCGGUUGCCUAUCGUGGGGCUUGCAAAGAAAGCGCGAACUGUGAUACCGUCAGAUGCAAAGACAGACAAGUUUGCUUGAGCGAUUUGGUAACUCACCGACCAAGAUGUGUUGCAUGUAGUUUUAAGUGUCCACGACGAAAAAGACCGCAGGGCCAACAAUCAGCAUUCAUAAAAAUUUGCGGAACGAACAACAAAUCUUAUCAUUCGUGGUGUCACAUGAUGAGAGAUUCAUGUAAUACCGGCUAUUAUAUCGACAUCAAACAUAAUGGAGUCUGCCAAAACUCAACAAAAACUUAACAUAUAUACACGCAACAGCGUUCAUAUUUAAG